AUGAGCGCAUUAGAGUUGGCUCCACAAGCCGCAUUUACCACUUGGACCUUUCCCGUCUUGCACUCGACGUCGAUGAUGUCCAGUCCAGCGGCGAGACCUCAAUCCACCUUGACCUCUCCCUCACUCCCCUCGACCGUUGCCCGGACAAGGCCAGCAGCGACAGCGACGGCGACGACGGCUGGAACAGCAAAGAUGGAAUCCUCUUUUUCGUAUGAACUCCCUAUGGACUGGCGUCCUGCCCAGGGUUUUGAUUAUCAGCCUUAUCCGUCGCCUUUUCCCUCGCCUGCGCCGUCGUACGUGUCCAACAGACUGCAUCAUGGCCCGCCAGGAGCGCCUACGGGUCCCCAGCAGACGAAUAAUCCUGGUCCAGCAAGUCCUACCUUGUCCUCGACCGCAUCGAGCCCGCAUCACCAUGCUCACUCUCACAGCGCAUCGAUUGAUCCAUCGCUGCAAGAGGGAUAUGCCCAUCCAGGAUGGUCUCAGCAGCAAGCUCAACAAGCUCAACAGCAAUCCCCUUCGACUGCUCAGAGCCCUCUUGUUGCCCACCAGCCUCACCCGACACCGGCUAGCUACGCAUCGCCCACCUCGACCGCAAAGCCGGCCUCGAAUAUGACCCGUCAGGAACUCGAGCAGGAGCUUGCAAGGCUCAAGACGCGUGUCAACGAGCUCGAAGUCAUUCACCACUGGCUCGAACUCAAGGGAAUGCGCAUCGAACCAGACGUCCAGCGCUCAGCCGGUCAGCAGCAGCAGCAGCCACACCACGCCCAUCACGCCCAUCACCAUUCUAUGCAGUCCCCUACCGUCCAGCAUCAUCACCACCAGCCCCCUCACCACGCCGCCCACACCCAGCAGCACCAACAGCAACAGUCCCCACCCGUCGCAAUGGGUGGCGUAGCUCCUUCAGAGGAUUUUGCUGCCUCUUGGAGGGCCAGGACAGACGCCCGCAUCAAGCGCUUCUGUGCUCUCAACCGCGCCGGCAAUGCCCUCUGCGCAUGGCACGACUCUCGUCGCGAACGUCGCACCUAUCCCCCUCGUCAAGCUCCGCCGGGUUAUCUCAAUUGUGGCUGCACAAACGAAGAGGCCCUGUUCGAGGAAUCCCUCGCACGGCAUGGUGUCGGUUCCUAUCAUCCUGGCGAAAUGGUUCGCAUGGAUCCUGCCCUCCGCAAUCCACUCCUCAAGCUUCUCCAAGCGCGCUUUGGUUACGUCGAUGGCGAUUUCGAGCGCGAUGCCGUCACAGGCCAGUGGGUCGACGGCGAGGGUCCCGAGCUCUGGGAAAACAUUCUUCCGAGCGGCAAGCCUCCCGUCAGCGGUGGUCGCAAGCGUGGCGAGACAAAGUAG